GAGAGGGAGAGUUGUGCACGCUUUGCUCUCUUCUCUCCUCAUCUCACUGUUGCAGUCUCUUCCCACACUGAAUCUCAUCUGUCUCUCCUUCACAACUCCUCUCGUUCUCAAGAAGUGUCCGGUUGAGGAUGACUCCUUCUGAGACCUCCAGCCGCAGAUGCCCGUUUCCAAGCUCAUGGCUGCCCGGGGAGACUCGACACUCUUGGGCUUCUAUAGUGCGGAGCUGCUCUCUCUAAAGUGGAUCCACGUCAGAAGAACAGCACACUCCUGUCACUUCUGAGUUGAUUUAGAUCUCAUCAGUCAGAGUCCACAAGCACACUCAGGACCUUCAGUUCAGAACUUCAAAAGGAACUGUAGACAUACAUAAUCUAAGAUGGAGCAGGAAAUAUCUAAAGUGCAGCGUAAGAUGUCUGAUCUGGAAUCAGUUCUGCAGCAGAAGGACGUGGAGCUCAAGGCUUCAGAAACCCAAAGGACCGUCUUAGAACAAGACCUGGCCACUUACAUCACCGAGUGCACUAGUCUGAAGCGCAGUCUGGAGCAGGCUCGCAUGGAGGUCUCGCAAGAAGAUGACAAAGCUCUCCAGCUCCUGCACAACAUACGAGAACAGAGCAACAAACUGCAGGAAAUUAAAGAACAGGAGUACCACGCUCAGCUGGAGGAAAUGCGCGUGUCCAUUCGUCAACUAGAGGAGAACCUGUCCGCCGCUCGUCGCCGAAGUGACCUGUACGAAUCCGAGCUGAAGGAGUCCCGACAGACCAGCGAGGAUCUCAAGCGGAAAGCUGCCGAAUACCAGCAGAAGAUCCAGAAGGCCAAAGAACAGGGCAAAGCCGAGAUGGAAGAUCUUCUGAGCAAACUACAGAAGACCAAUGAAGAACAACAAUCAAAGAUGGAAGAACUCCAGGAGAAACUUGUCAAGGCUGUGAAGGCGAGUACAGAAGCCGCUGAUCUCCUACAGAACCUCCAUCAGGCUAAAGAACGCCUGGAGAGAGACCUGGAGCGACUGCAGACCAAAGAAGACUCGACAGACAGUCUGCGCAGACGCUUGCGUGAGACUGAGGACGGUAAGAAGACUCUGGAGAAUCAGGUGAAAAGGUUGGAGAUGGUAGAGCGACGCGAGGGUAAACUGAAAGAAGAUAUUCAGACCAAGUCACAGCAGAUCCAACAGAUGGCCGACAAAAUCAUGGAACUAGAAGAGAACCUGCGUGAAACACAGGCCACGGCGCAGCGCAUGGAGACACAGCUGGAACAGAAGAAAAUGCUUUACGAAGACAAGAUUAUGGUUUUGGAGAAUCAGAUGAAGGCUGAUUUGGCUGAGAAGGAACUGCUGGAGUCCAAACAGGACACAUAUGAAGAGGAAUCUCGAGAGAGUGGCAAAGUGAUCAGCGACCAGGCUGCGACCAUCAAUGCCAUGGAGUCGAAAGUGACCAAUCUGGAGCAGAGAAUCACCGAGCUGUCCGAGGCCAACAAACUCGCCGCCAACAGCAGCAUUUACACACAGAAAAACAUGAAAGCUCAAGAGGAGAUGAUCUCUGAGCUCAGACAGCAGAAGUUUUAUCUGGAGUCUCAGGCUGGUAAACUGGAGGCACAGAAUGCAACACUGGAGGAACAUCUGGAGAAGCUGACGCAACAAGAACAGACCAACAAGAGCAGAGUUCAAGAGCUGGAGGCCAGAAUCAGAGAGAUGGGUCUUGAGCACGAGGAACAGAAGCUGGAGAUCAAGAGGCAGGUGUCCGAGCUGACGCUGUCCCUUCAGGAGAGAGAGUCUCAGAUCAGCAGUCUGCAGGCGGCACGUCGCGUUCUCGAAACUCAACUACAGCAGGCCAAGACUGAGCUGGAGGAGACCACCGCAGAGGCCGAGGAGGAGAUCACUGUGCUCCGGGCCCAUCGGGAUGAAAUCCAGCGCAAGUUUGACGCCCUGAGAGACAGCUGUGCGGUGAUCACAGAUCUGGAGGAUCAGUUGAACCAGCUGACGCAGGAAAACGCCGAGCUGAACCGCCAGAACUUCUACCUGUCCAAACAACUGGACGAGGCCACGGAUGAGAGCGAGGAGAGAGACCAGCUCAAACAAGACGUGGAGCGAAUGCGCAGAGAGGUCGCAGACAGAGAAAUGCACCUUAACAACCAGAAGCAGAACAUAGAGACGCUGAAGACGACGUGUACGAUGUUAGAGGAGCAGGUGGUGGAGUUAGAGACACUAAAUGAUGAACUGCUGGAGAAAGAGAGACAGUGGGAGAACUGGAGAUCUGCUCUGGAUGAAGAGAAGGAUCAGGCGGAACGCCGAGCCCGUGACUUACAGAGACAACUGGACAAUGAGAAACAGAACCGACUCCGUGCGGAGCAGAGGAACUCAGAGUCACGUCAGGCAGUGGAACUGGCAGUGAAAGAACACAAAGCUGAAAUCUUGGUUCUGCAACAGACUCUUAAAGACCAGAAACUCAAAGCUGAAGGUCUUUCAGACACACUGGGUGAUCUGGAGAAGAAACACACCAUGCUGGAGAUGAACGCCCGCAGUCUGCAACAGAAGCUGGAGACAGAGAGAGAACUCAAACAGAGACUCAUGGAUGAGCAAGCAAAACUCCAGCAGCAGUUGGACUUGCAGAAGAGUCACAUCUUCAGACUGACACAAGGUCUGCAGGACGCUCUGGACCAGACGGACCUUCUAAAGACCGAGAGAACUGACCUGGAGUAUCAGCUAGAAAACAUACAGGCGGCGUUCUCUCACGAGAAGGUCAAGAUGGAAGGAACCAUCACCCAACAGACCAAACUCAUAGACUUUCUGCAGGCCAAGGUAGAGCACCCCUCUAAGAAGAAAAAGGGGAUCUUUGGCGGUCGGAGGCGGGAGGAACUCCUGGCGGCGCUCGCCGCUCAGGGGCAGACGCAAGUGCCCACUGUGCCCCCCGUGACCCCUGUGCCCUUGCAAUACAGUGACCUGAAGGUGGCGCUGGAGAAGGAGCGAGCUCGCUGCUCAGAGCUGGAAGACGCCCUGCAGAAAACACGUCUGGAGCUCAGAGAGGUUCAGUUUAAAGCCCUGGAGCACGGCGGACCCCCCGCCACACCGGCUCUGGCGCGCCAGCAGCUCAUGAUGUCCACCAAAUCCAACAAGUCUCCAGAUCAUCAGCCCGGCGGCCCUCUGAUGUCAUCCAGCUCAGGCCGCAGGAAGGACGUGGCCAAUCCUGAAGAAAUAAGGCGAGUCACUUCUGAAAAGUACACCAGACGAGUGAAGGACCGGAUUCAUCACAACAACCCGCAUCGUUUCACGCAGGGUCUGAACAUGAGGGCGGCGCGCUGCACCGUCUGUCUGGACACGGUUCAUUUCGGUCGGCAGGCCGCCACCUGCAUCGAAUGUCACGCUCUGUGCCACCCCAAAUGUUCCCCGUACCUCCCGGCGGCCUGCGGUGUGCCCACAGAGUACGCCCUGCAUCUGUCUGAGGCUCUGUGCCGGGAGAAGGGCAACACGUCUGCAAUGAAAGACGCCGGCGUUCACAUGAGACUCGAGGGAUGGAUGAAACAGCUCAGAAAUGGGAAGCGAGGUCAAGGCUGGGAGAGAAAGUAUGUCGUGCUGGACGCAUAUAAAGUGAUCACAUAUGAGGCCGAACCAAGAGACGAGUCUGUGAAGGUGCUGGAUGAGUUCGAGUUGUGUUUAUCUGACGGAGAGGUGACGGUUCACUCGGCUGUCGGAGCCUCCGAGGUUCCCAACACUGGGAAGUCAGAUGUGCCGUUCGUGUUGAAGUUGGAAUCAUUGCCGCACUCGUCCUGUUGGCCCGGUCAGACUCUUUAUCUCCUGACCUCUGGUUUCUCUGAGAAGCAGCGCUGGGUGGCCGUGCUGGAGGCCAUCGUAGCGAGCAGUCGCGGGGCGAGAGAGAAGGCUGAAGCUGAUGCUAAAUUGUUGGGUAAUUCUUUACUGAAGCUGGAAGGAGAUGACAGACUGGAUAUUAACUGCACACUUCCAUUGACCGACCAGAUCGUGUUGGUGGGCUCUGAGGAGGGUCUCUACGCUCUGAACGUGAUUAAAAACUCUCUUACUCACAUCCCGGGUCUGGGGUCUGUGUUCCAGAUCCACAUCGUCAAAGAACACGACAAGCUCCUGAUGAUCGUGGGUGAUGAGCGAGCGCUGUGUCUGGUGGAGAUAAAGAAGGUGAAACAGUCUCUGUCUCAGUCUCAUCUCCCCUCCCUGCCUGAGAUCGUACCGUACAUCUUUGAGACGGUUAAGGGUUGUCAUCUCUUCGCCGCCGGCAGGAUAGAAAAUGGGCCGUGCAUUUGUGCUGCGAUGCCCAAUAAAGUCACGAUUCUACGUUACAACGACAAUCUCAACAAAUUUUGCAUACGGAAGGAGAUUGAAACGCUUGAGCCGUGCAGCUGUAUCCACUUCACCAGCUACAGCAUCAUUAUUGGUACCAAUAAAUUCUAUGAGAUUGAGAUGAAGCAGUGUGUUCUGGACGAAUUCUUGGACAAGAAUGACGUGUCGCUGGCGUCGGCUGUGUUCAGCGGAUCGACACACAGUUUUCCCAUCGCUAUCGUCCAGGUGUCCAGCACACCACAGAAGGAAGAAUAUCUGCUCUGCUUCCACGAGAUAGGAGUGUUUGUGGACGCGUACGGUCGAAGAAGUCGUCCCGAAGACCUCACGUGGUGUCGACUUCCUCUAACAUUCGCGUUCAGAGAACCGUAUCUGUUCGUCACUUACUUCAACUCACUGGAUGUUAUUGAGAUACAGGGACACGCCGCUCUCGGUCCUCCUGGCCUGGUUCACCUGGACAUUCCAAACCCACGAAAUCUGGGCCCGGCCAUCUCGUCGGGUGCCAUUUAUCUGGCCUCGUCCUAUCAGAAUAAACUGAGGGUGAUCUGCUGUAAGGGCAGUCUGGUGCGAGAGUCCAGAGAGCUGCAGAGGACCGGUUCCAGCAGGAGUCUGACCUCCACAGCAGCCCGAACAAGCGCGGUCCCCCCACAUACAACGAGCACAUCUCCAAGCGUCUGGCCUCGGGUCCCGGGAGCCAGGAAGGGCCACUGCACCGCGAGCCAAGCACCCCUCACCGCUACCGCGAGGGCCGCACGGAGUUCCGGAGGGACAAGUCUCCGGCCCGGCCUCUGGAGCGCGAGAAAUCACCCGGUCGCGCCGUGCUGGACAGCCGCCGGGAGAGGUCGCCCGGGCGCUUCGAGAGCAGCGGGAGCGAGAGAGACCGCGAGCGCUCGCGUCUGCACACAAGCUCCGUGCGCACCCAGCUAACGCCCGUCAACAAGGUAUGGGACCAGUCUUCGGUUUGAGAACCCCCGGGAGAGAAGACCUCAGAGCCAUCGUCCACUUCCCGCGUGGAUGGACGUGCCGUUUUAACACACUGAACUAAAUUAUCUCAUGCCUGUAACCGUUUAAAGAGCCAUGUUUUCACCUGCAGCCCAAAUAUUGUAUGGACGACACUUUGCUAACGUUGUAAACUUUGUCCAUGCUGUGAACAUCUAUGAAGCAGAUUGGAGAUGAUUACCGGAUGAAUUUUGGGAAAAGCCCUUAACGAAAUAUUGCAGGUUUAAUGCGAGGAACGUUUGAUCCUACGCAUCUGUCGCACCUAAGCGCUGAAUUAUUUUGACGUCAUUUGUUUAUUUAUUUAUUUAAAAAAACUGAAACGCCAAAACAUUUUCAAAAUAGCUAGAACAAAUGUUUUACUGUAUAUGAGGUGAUCCACCUAGAAUUCAAGUAAUAAAUGAAGACUCCGUCUUACGGUCAAGACAAUAGUUGAAAAUGUGGACAAUCGGUGUGCACUUAUUACUGAACUAAAAAUAAUAGUGAACACUACCAGUCAAUUUCGGGUCACUUGACCAAAAUGUUUCUUGUAAUAUUAAAAAUUGUUUGUUUCAAUGUUUGAAAUAACCUUCGUAGACAAACAUAUAAUUGUGCCGACAAAUUAAGUUCUUUCCUUAGAAAAACUUCAUUUUUAUAAAAAAUAAGAAUUUUGAAAUAAAUAAAUGAAAAUUCAUUUUAAUACUGUUUAAAAAGCUUCUCAUUGGAUGAUUAAAUGUAAAGUCUAAGAUUUGCUUUUAUUAGGCAAAGACAGCGUUGAGUAAGUUACUCCAAAAAAGUUACUAAUUACUAAUUACAUUCUAUAUCCCACAUCAACUAUGAUUAGAAUUGAUAGACUUGAAACUGCUUAUCAUUUAAUUCAUUAAAAUAAAUAAUAAAACGAAAUAAAUUAUUCUUAUUAACUGACCAAAGUAAACAAACGUGAGAAGGAUACAAUAAAUCAUACAUUUUAGAGUUAGACUUAUAAUAUUGAAGUCAUUUCCACGAUCAGAUAUAUAACACAGUAUUUAGUUCAAUUACAGAAGAAGUAACUGUAAUUAAAUUACAGAAACAAAUAAGAGUAAUCCCUUACUUUACUUUUCACGAAAAAGUAAUUAAAUUACAGUAACUAAUUAUUUAGUAACUUGUUACAGCCAACUCUGGCAAAGAGUUACAAGAUGCUAAAAUAUAACCGGUUUUUUUUUAGAUGCUUUUAAUCAUAAAUCUCAUAGUGUCAUUUCAUGGUUCUGAUGGGUUUACUAUCAUUCUAAAAUGUGGUAAAAAUAUAAAGAACGAGUCGGCAAUCCAAAACUUUUGACAAAGAAAUAACAAAAGUAACUUCAAACAUUGAAACAUACACCUACAGAUUAAUAAAAAACAUUUUCAAGUGAUACUAAACUUUUGACCAGUGUAUAUAUAUAUAUUUAUAUAAAAUCUUGUGUAUACAAUCUUGUGAGUGUUUCAACAUUUAUUUGAACAUGGUAGGUGGAGGGGUGUGAUGAACAGUAUGCCACAAAUGUUAUAGAUUACGCUUGUACUGAACCCACAACCGACGAUCAGCACAUUAAUAUUGUAAAUAAGGUGAAAUCAGUUUUUAUAGUUUAACGGAACUUGAGCGAUGAAGUCUAUUUUUAUGCUAUUAAACUGUUUGUAUAGACAGUUGAAAUGGGUUUCCUACAGAAAAGUACAGACGAGGUUUUAUGUCCAUAUAAGCUCUAGUGUAAAACAGUCGAUUUUGGCUGCUCAACUACAUUUUGUGCAAUUUUCUAUAUAAUCAAUUUCACAGGCAAACACCGAAACCUACUGCACAUUGUAUAUUUCUAUGCUAAUGGAGUCAAAGCUUUUUAAGGAGACGCGUUGUGUUCUCGCUAUCAAGUGUCCUUGUGAUGUUCAAGUGAACUUACUGUAUUUUGUUUAAAAUAACAACACAAAGCUUUUGUCGACACACACGACAGCAGACAGUCUCUGUGUUGUUUGGUGUUGAGCUGCGAAGUGAAAUCAGCGACCCUCAGGGUUUGGAGAAGAACUUCUGUGUGAAUUUAUCUGUUCAAUGAUGAGGCAAUAGAGGCUUGUUUGAAACGAGUGACGAUUUAAAACGCAUGAGUAAAUUCUCACUUGGUUUUGGGGACGUCUGUCACAUUAUAAUAAACUGAUAUUUGAUGUACUUUUUUGUAAGGAAAUGAUGAAACUAUAUUAAACUCUAUUAAAGUAUAUGAGCCAUAAACUAUA